UUCUCCGUAUGAUGGUAGGGGGCAGGUUUCCAUUAGUUCGGCUCUUGUUGUUUCUGGAGCGUUUGAACAGUAGGGGGGAGGUCGCAGACAAUCUGCGAUGUGAAUGAGUUCGGAGGAGCGAACGAAAUAAGGAGAUACAGCGUAUUUAGACACGGGGCUGAAUCAUCAAGCUUUUAUGUAUCAAAAUUCAUUUGACUUUCAGCCUGAGUAGCUCAGGAGCUGAUAGGAGCCUAUCUCAGACGCUGUCUUAAAAAGUUAUCUGGAAGACGGUUAUCUUUGUGGGAAUCUGGCUUCUUUCAAACAAUAAAGAAGUGGAGCGCAGUUUUUUUUUCUCCUUCACGUUAUCACCACAAAAAAAGGUGCACGGCGUUUCAUGAGCUUCUGCGAAGAUUACUUUUCCCUCUCCAAACUUUGCGUAUUUACCAGCUGAUUUAUAGGGGGGAAAUACGAUAUUUUCUCCUGUUAACAGAAACUCGUAGUUUGGCUGUUCCGCGGCUUUGCUGUGAUCUAAUCUCAAGAAGUUUUUUUUUAACCUAUGAUCUGAGCUCUGAUUUUCAGGAGAAGAAAGCUACUUGUCGAUUCGUCUGGUUCUCCUUCCCCGGUAUUUGCUAAUUAACUUUGCGGAAGGCAUUUGCUUUUUUUGGUACAUACCAAGUCAGUUGUUUGGUACUGGAUCUACAAUAAUGCAAACUUUCUAACGUCUUAUAAGGAUUCAGUUUCUUCUCCGUGAGAAUCCCGGCGGCGCAUCGUCUUGGAACUACUUGGCAAAAAAGGCUGGCGAUCUCACGUUGGCAGAGUGGACGGCCCAGCGCUGAUGACCCGUGGUUGCCAUGCUGUGCGCUCCUGACCAGUCGUAGAGGUCUCAGGAGGAUGUUGCCCUGGACCCUGGUGUUUCUGUGGGCUGUACUUGCCCAGGUCUCUUUCUCUGAGGGCCGCACCACCAUCACUGACCAAGUCCCUCCCGAAACGCAAGCGGAGCCGUAUACGUUAUACCCCGGGGAGCGCUUAGAGCUGCGCUGCGGAGCCAAGGAGGAGGGCCAGGCACUCGUCUGGACCAAGGACCAUGUGACUCUGCAAGACGGGGAGCACACACGCCUGCGAGAGGCCUUGCUCGAGAUUGAGGGCGUGGAGACGGCCGAUUCGGGCCUCUAUGCCUGUGUGAGCCAAGGUCCUUUCAGCAACCACAGCAUCUAUUUCUCCGUGAACGUCACAGCUGAUACCCUGGCAUCCUCUGAAGAUGAAGAUGACGACGAGUCUUCCUCGGAGGAGACCAAGCUGUCUAGCAGUCAGAAACUCCUGCCCAUGGCUCCACAGUGGGCUCAGCCGGAGAAGAUGGAGAAGAAGCUCCAUGCCGUGCCGGCCAGCAAGACUGUCAAGUUCCGCUGCCAGGCCAGUGGCAACCCUGUCCCCACUCUGAAGUGGUACAAAAACGGCAAGGAGUUCAAGAGGGAGCAGCGCAUCGGGGGCUUCAAGGUCCGGGAGCACAUGUGGACCAUCAUCAUGGAAUCGGUGGUGCCCUCAGACAAGGGCAAUUACACCUGUGUGGUGGAAAACAAAUACGGCAGCAUCAACCACACUUACCAGCUCGAUGUCGUUGAGCGCUCCCCCCACAGGCCCAUCCUGCAGGCGGGGCUCCCGGCCAAUCGCACGGUGGUGGUGGGCAGCGACGUGGAGUUCGUCUGCAAGGUGUUCAGCGAUCCCCAGCCCCACAUCCAGUGGCUGAAGCACAUCGAGGUGAACGGCAGCCGCGUGGGGCCGGAUGGCCUGCCCUACGUGAGAGUGCUCAAGUCCUCGGGGGUCAAUAGCUCGGACACUCAGGUGCUGACUCUCUACAAUGUGACGGAGGAGGAGAGCGGAGAGUAUGUUUGUAAAGUGUCCAAUUAUAUAGGAGAGGCCAGUCAGUCGGCCUGGCUGACAGUCAUCAGACAUGAGGCACAAGCCAUGCCCCCCUCUCCGGUGCCCAGCCAGACCUACCUGGAGGUGCUCAUCUACUGCGUGGGCUUCUUCCUCAUCUGCAUCAUGGUGGUCAUCGCCAUCAUCUUCAAGAUGAAAAGCACAGCCAAGAAGAGUGACUUCAAUAGCCAGCUGGCUGUGCACAAGCUGGCUAAGAGCAUCCCACUGCGCAGACAGGUGUCAGUGGACUCCAGCUCCUCCUUCCACUCAGGGGUGAUGUUGGUGCGCCCCUCUCGCUUGUCCUCGAGUGGGACGCCCAUGCUGUCGGGGGUCUCGGAGUAUGAACUGCCCCAGGACCCUCGCUGGGAGCUGUCCCGUGACAGGCUGGUCCUGGGCAAGCCCUUAGGCGAGGGCUGUUUUGGCCAGGUGGUGAUGGGUGAGGCACUGGGCUUGGACAAGGAGAAGCCCAACAGAGUGACCAAAGUGGCUGUGAAGAUGUUAAAGCCCGAUGCAACUGAGAAGGAUCUGUCAGACCUGAUCUCAGAGAUGGAGAUGAUGAAGAUAAUUGGCAAGCACAAGAACAUCAUCAACCUGCUGGGUGCCUGCACACAAGAUGGUCCUCUGUAUGUCAUCGUGGAGUACGCCUCCAAGGGCAAUCUGCGCGAGUACCUGCGGGCACGACGCCCCCCUGGCAUGGAGUAUUGCUAUAACCCAGACCAGGUACCUGUGGAGCACAUGUCCAUCAAGGAUCUGGUCUCAUGUGCCUACCAGGUGGCCCGGGGCAUGGAGUACCUUUCUUCCAAGAAGUGUAUUCACAGGGACCUGGCAGCCCGAAACGUCCUGGUCACAGAAGACAACGUAAUGAAGAUUGCGGACUUUGGCCUGGCACGAGAUAUCCACCACAUUGACUACUACAAGAAGACCACUAAUGGUCGCUUGCCAGUGAAGUGGAUGGCUCCAGAAGCCUUAUUUGACAGGAUAUACACACACCAGAGUGACGUGUGGUCCUUUGGCGUACUUCUCUGGGAGAUCUUCACCUUGGGAGGCUCACCGUACCCUGGGGUUCCAGUUGAGGAGCUCUUUAAGCUGUUAAAGGAGGGGCACCGCAUGGAUAAACCCUCCACCUGUACCCAUGAAUUGUACAUGAUGAUGAGGGACUGCUGGCAUGCUGUGCCCUCCCAGAGGCCCACUUUCAAACAGCUGGUUGAGGACCUGGAUCGCACCCUAGCCAUGACUUCCAACCAGGAGUACCUGGAUCUCUCGGUGCCUCUGGACCAGUACUCCCCCAGCUACCCAGACACCCGCAGUUCCACCUGCUCCUCCGGUGAGGAUUCAGUCUUCUCCCACGAGGGUGGGGCUGAGGAGCCCUGCCUGCCCAAAUUCCCCCCCCACCCCAAUGGAGUGGCCUUCAAGAAACGCUGACCUUCCUACAAUCUCCCUCUCCUUCCCAUCUCCUGUCCGGCUGUGCUGUCUGACAGACUGAGAGACAAAAAGAGCUCAGCUUUUAUCUCGCCCUGUCCUGGGCUUCCUCUUGUAGGUACUGAAGUGGGAGGGACAUAAUUUUUGGAUUUUAACGUUUUACAUGUUUGAACACAGAGGUACAGGAUCGUGAACCGUUUCAAAAUCUGCAGUUGGGGUCAGCGCGUCUCUGGGGCUUGGUGCGGACUGUUCAGAGCUGAAGGACUGCCCUGGUGGAUUUGAAAGGCUCAUUCACACCGCUGUCCCUCAGCUGUGCGCUUUCUUUUUCUGGGAGAUUUGAGGGAGAAGGGGGGAGCACCUUUUGGACUGAAAAUAAAAUGCAAGAUACUUGCGGAUCUCAGCAAGGUGCGGAGAAAAGAUUGAUUUUUUUUUCCAAUGCUGUGUUUUUCUAAUAAAGAGAUAAGUUUGGCUUUGCAAACCAAAUCUGUAAUGUAAUCUAUCUGCAAGGAAAUGGCCAAACUUUUUUUUUUUGCUUUUGCAGAUGAUCAGUGCAUUCCAGAGACAUGCCAUUUUGUAAAUAUAGUUAGAAAUGUAUAAAUAUGAAUAUAUAUUUACACUGUACCCUGUUUAUUAUUCAUUUUGUACAAGGUUGGUAAUGCUUUUAACCUGUUUUGGAAUAUUGUCUGGGUGGGAGAGGGGAGCUGGGAGGAGCUGGUGACUGAGUUGUCAUGUGAUAAAACUGCUAAUCUUAUAUUGAUGAAUUAUAAUGAUGAACUGGCCAGUUGUUUGGGGCUCUGCUUUUGCCCUGCACGAACCACAGCUCAAAUACAAAUGUCUUUAAUUUC